UUCAUAGGUAGAGCCAACAAAACAAAAUUGUGUGGCUCUCGCACAUCCAGGGACGUGAAGCCAGCAGUGUCUGCCUGCCCGAGUGAACAAAGCUACACUUGCCCGAAUGGCUCCUAGUCCUUUUGAGUUCUGUGUUCUGUCUUCGAAUCUAACACCUGCUGGGCAAAUCUGUUGUACGGUAGAUUUGGCGUUUUCAUUCAGGGGUGCAGAAGACACCAGGCAAAGGCUUUGAAAGGUUUCCAUCUAUUGCCACACAGCCUUCUUGAGAAGACUACGGUGUUGGUCAAAGGUGGACGUGAAAUAGAUAAUCCUUUCUCCCCCCCCCGUUUUUUUCUUCGCCAGGUUAUUCUUGUACGGAGUGAAAUCCAGGCUCACCUUACGGUAAUGAGGUCAACGUUGAGAGCGCUUGUGUGCGAGAAGGGGGGGUAAAGAGUAUACUGAAGUUGGAGCGCGCAUGCUCGCCCACACCGUAUGACGUGAGCUGACUAGCUAAGCAGAGAAAGAUCAAAGAGCUAGUGAGAAGAACCCGAGGGAUAGGCGAGCUGGGCUCGUGGGGAGCUGGCUGUAGAGACACAUUGCGCGGAAAUUAGCCAGGCUACUUUCCUGAAGAACAAAAAAGGGGGGGGAAGAUCCACGCUAGUCUCCUGCUACAUGCCUAAGUCAUCAAGUUGUCUUUUGUUUCCCCAUCCUGCGCCUCUUCGAAGCGAGCUGCCGCCGUCGCCGCCGAAGCUCAGGGACGACUGACUGAGCGCACAUGGGGAGGCAACCCAGGCGCCUCAGCUUGGCGCACGCAUGACUGAGCGGAAGAAUCGCCCGCCAAGAAUCUCCGGCAGGUUCAGUAUGUUCCUGCGGCUGCGAUGAGGCAGAAACUCCGGCGUGGUGGAUGUAGGAAAUAGAGGUGCGACCCAGCCGAGGCAGAAAGAAGCCCCCCUCCUCUCCGACUGGCGUCUCUAUCCGCAGGAGAAGGCGCAGGGGGAGGUGGAGAGUCGUCUGAGCCUGUCGCCUCGCCAUGGCUUGCAGCCGCCUCAGGACUCUUAUUAAUAGAUACUGUGCUGGAGAAGAGAAUUGGGUGGACAAUCGGACUAUUUAUGUUGGUCAUCGUGAACCCCCUCCAGGUGCUGAAGCAUACAUUCCACAGAGGUAUCCUGACAACAGAAUAGUCUCCUCAAAGUACACUUUUUGGAACUUUGUCCCAAAGAAUUUAUUUGAGCAGUUCCGAAGAAUAGCUAACUUUUAUUUUCUCAUCAUUUUUCUUGUACAGUUAAUUAUUGACACACCAACUAGUCCAGUGACAAGUGGGCUUCCACUUUUCUUUGUCAUCACUGUAACAGCUAUUAAACAGGGCUAUGAAGACUGGCUUCGUCAUAAAGCUGACAAUGCAAUGAACCAGUGUCCUGUUCAUUUCAUUCAACAUGGUAAACUGGUUAGAAAGCAGAGCCAUAAACUAAGAGUUGGAGAUAUUGUAAUGGUAAAAGAAAAUGAAACAUUCCCUUGUGACUUGAUACUUUUGUCUAGUAGUAGAGCAGAUGGAACAUGUUUUGUUACAACAGCAAGUUUGGAUGGCGAGUCAAGUCAUAAGACAUAUCAUGCUGUCCAAGAUACAAAAGCCUUUCAAAGCGAACAGGAUAUUGACACCCUGCAUGCUACCAUUGAAUGUGAACAACCGCAGCCUGAUCUUUAUAAAUUUGUUGGUCGGAUAAAUGUUUACCAUGAUAGAAAUGAGCCUGUUGCAAGGCCGUUGGGAUCUGAAAAUGUGCUUCUUAGAGGAGCUUCUUUGAAGAACACAGAGAAAAUCGUUGGUGUUGCUAUAUACACUGGCAUGGAAACAAAAAUGGCAUUGAACUACCAAUCAAAAUCUCAGAAACGAUCUGCUGUAGAAAAAUCAAUGAAUGUAUUUCUUAUUGUAUACCUCUGUAUUCUGAUCAGUAAAUCGCUAAUAAAUACUGCCCUGAAAUAUGUUUGGCAAAGUGAGCAAUCUCAUGAUCAGCCUUGGUAUAAUCAGAAAACAGAGUCAGAAAGGAAAAGAAAUGUGUUUAUUACAGCAUUUACAGAUUUUCUUGCUUUCAUGGUUCUUUUCAACUACAUCAUUCCUGUAUCCAUGUAUGUCACAGUAGAAAUGCAGAAGUUUCUUGGUUCUUAUUUUCUUACAUGGGAUGAAGAAAUGUUUGAUGAAGAAACAGGUGAAGGACCAGUUGUGAAUACAUCUGACCUCAAUGAAGAGUUAGGGCAGGUUGAAUAUGUCUUCACAGAUAAAACAGGGACAUUAACAGAGAACAACAUGGAAUUCAUAGAAUGCUGCAUUGAGGGACAUGUUUAUGUGCCUCACAUCAUCUGCAAUGGGCAAAUUCUCAACGAUUGUGCUGGUAUUGAUAUGAUUGAUUCUUCCCCAGGAGGAAGUGGCAAAGACAGAGAAGAGCUCUUUUUCCGGGCUCUGUGUCUUUGUCACACUGUUCAAGUGAAGGAAGAUGACAACGUGGAUGGAUUAAAGGAAGCUCAGCUGUCAGGGAAGUCUUCCGUGUAUAUUUCAUCGUCCCCUGAUGAAGUGGCUUUAGUUGAAGGUAUUCAGAGACUUGGUUACACAUAUUUAAGACUGAAGGACAAUUUUAUGGAAAUUUUAAAUCGAGAAAAUGACGUUGAAAGGUUUGAAUUACUGGAAAUCCUUAGUUUUGAUUCAGUAAGGAGACGGAUGAGUGUGAUAGUUAAAUCAGCAAAAGGGGAAAUAUUUCUGUUUUGUAAAGGAGCAGAUUCUUCUAUAUUUCCUAGAGUUACAGAAGGCAAAAUAGAACAGAUUAGAUCAAGAGUUGAGCGCAAUGCAGUGGAGGGUCUGCGAACAUUAUGUGUUGCAUAUAAAAAAUUCACCUAUGAAGAAUAUGAGACUGUGCAGAAGCAGCUUCAGGAGGCAAAGCUGGCCCUGCGGGAUCGGGAAAAGAAACUGGCAGAGGCAUAUGAACAGAUAGAAAGGGGGCUUACCCUGCUUGGUGCUACAGCAGUUGAAGACCGAUUACAGGAAAAAGCUGCUGAUACAAUUGAAGCCCUGCAAAAAGCUGGCAUUAAGGUCUGGGUUCUGACGGGAGACAAAAUGGAGACUGCAGCUGCCGCCUGCUAUGCCUGCAAACUGUUCAGAAGAAAUACUCAAAUACUUGAGCUAACUACAAAGAAAAUAGAGGAGCAGAGUUUGCAUGAUGUGUUGUUUGAAUUAAGCAAAACUAUCCUAAGGCACAGUGGCAGCUUAACAAGGGACACCUUCUCAGGGCUUUCAGCUGAAAUGCAAGAUUACGGUUUAAUUAUUGAUGGAGCAGCAUUAUCAUUAAUAAUGAAACCACGGGAAGAUGGCAGCUCUGGUAACUACAGAGAGAUCUUCCUUGAAAUCUGUAGGAACUGUAGUGCAGUUUUAUGCUGUCGCAUGGCUCCUUUGCAAAAAGCACAGAUUGUAAAAUUAAUUAAAUGGUCAAAGGAGCAUCCAAUCACUUUAGCAAUUGGUGAUGGAGCAAAUGAUGUCAGUAUGAUCCUAGAAGCACAUGUUGGCAUAGGCGUUAUUGGGAAAGAAGGCCGCCAAGCUGCAAGGAACAGUGACUAUGCAAUACCCAAAUUUAAACAUUUGAAAAAAAUGCUGCUUGUUCAUGGACAUUUUUAUUAUGUCAGGAUAUCUGAACUUGUGCAAUACUUCUUUUAUAAGAAUGUCUGUUUCAUUUUCCCUCAAUUUUUGUACCAGUUCUUCUGUGGGUUUUCACAGCAGCCUUUAUAUGAUACUGCGUAUCUUACCCUGUACAAUAUCAGCUUCACUUCACUUCCUAUCCUGUUGUAUAGUUUAAUGGAACAACAUGUCAGUUCAGAUACACUCAACAGAGACCCUUCACUGUACAGGGAUGUUGCCAAGAAUGCUUACCUUCACUGGAGUGUAUUCAUUUACUGGACUUUCUUGGGAGUAUUUGAUGCUGUGGUCUUUUUCUUUGGUGCCUAUUUCUUGUUUGAAAGUUCAACUGUGACCAGCAAUGGACAGAUGUUUGGAAACUGGACCUUUGGGACACUGGUGUUCACUGUACUAGUAUUCACUGUUACCUUGAAGCUUGCACUGGACACACACUAUUGGACAUGGAUCAAUCACUUUGUUAUCUGGGGGUCACUACUUUUCUACAUUGUCUUUUCCCUUCUCUGGGGAGGGAUCAUCUGGCCUUUUCUCAAUUACCAGAGGAUGUACUAUGUGUUCAUACAAAUGUUGUCUAGUGGUCCUGCAUGGCUGGGGAUUAUUAUGCUCAUAACCGUGAGCCUUCUUCCAGAUGUACUGAAGAAAGUUUUAUGCAGACAAUUAUGGCCUACAGCAACAGAAAGAAUCCAGAAUACAUCAAGCCAUGGUCGGGACCAUAUUUCAGAAUUCAUGCCUCUUGCCUCUCUGAAGAGUCCAAGAUAUAGGAGCAAUGACUGCAAAAAUGCCCCAGCAAGAAGGUCUAGUUCACAUUCUAAAAAAACAAUGUUUACACAUUGGAGAAACUAUGAUUAUUCAGUACUCCCUUCUAUCUUUGGCUGUUCCAAUAAGCAUUGUGAUUCCAGUGUGGGGUACUACCACAGGGGUUUAGGUCUGGAAACAUCUCUGUGAGAAAUCACCCACUCAGGCCUUUAAGAACUACAAUUACCCCCCCCCCAAAAAAACCCACAUCUGCAAAUGACCAUUUAACAGCACUGAUUUAAAUUUUGUUGGCUUUUGUUAUCGGAUGUAAUAUUCUGACAAACUGGAUCAAGAAUGCUGAGUACAAAUCUUUCCAAGAGACUUGGCCUUUCUUAAAUAUGUUUUAAACUGUUGAAGCAAUGGAUUAUCGCACAGUCUGGCACUGUGAGGAUGGACAGCACUCUAAUUUCACUCCAUUCUGUCAAAACCUUUGUGUUUACUGAUUCUAUCAUCUCUUUUCCUUUAUUACUUGAAGAGUCCUGCUUCAGUCAAUGUUCCUUUUCUGAGAUCAGUGGUUAAAAGUUGUCAGUCAUAAGCAAAGAUCUCAGAUCCCUAAUGAAAGUAACUGAGAUCAUUUACAUAAGUGCUGGUUUUGACUUGUGUUUGUCCUUUCUUUGCUCUUUCUGUAGAACAAACUGGUGUUUCCUCUGCAAAUCUGCUUUCAAGAAACACUCUCUAAUGUCCAUUUUAUUGUUGAGUCGCUAAGCAGAACUUCUAUGUGAUUUUAAGAUUCUUCCUCCACCCCCCACCCCUGUUAGACACAUAGUUCACAUAGAUCCUGUAGACCUUAAGAAGUAAAGCUGGCUAUCAAAUUAGUGAAGUGGCCACUACAGGUAUUGAGCUGAAAAUAAUUACUGACAUUAAGAAUUUAGUCUUGGAAAUAAUAAAAAAGGACCAGUAUUCUACCAUUGUGCUACCUCUAAAAUGGAGAGUAAGAAUGUGUUAGGAAGUGCUAAUUUUAAGUUUGUUUUUCCUGUCAAGGAAAUGAAGUAAUUGGUUCCUUAAAAACUUAACAGGAUAAUAUUGUGUUGAUUGUGUUUUAGAUACUGAUUUUUAAUUUGACUUUAAAGGGAGAGGCAGACAGAAAGUUUAACAGAAGGUCUGUUUUGUGACUACAUCUAUUUGGUAAUAACCACUUGGUCAGGUUUCUCCCUGCCUGAAUGUCGAUUUUACUGUUCUUCAGAAAAAAAUGUGCACAAUUACACAAAAGCUAUAUAUGUCAUUUUAAAUCAUUACAGCCAGCUUGCACUUCAACUCCAUUUGUGGUUUUAGUUUUGCUUUGUAGUGGGUUUUAUAACAACAGACACAAAUCAGUUCUGUUUCUUUUCUCCCAGUGUUUUAUUUAGGGUGUCAACUUUGCUGAAGGAUUGCUUUAUAGGAAAGUCAAUGUGUGAAAGAAAUGUGCAGAUUCUCUCUCACCUUCCCUGAGCAGAGAUUUGGGGAGAUGGGAACAUAAUGUUUUGGAGGGCAAAUUGUGAAAAAUUAUAUACCAAAGAUUACAGACAAAGACAGCCUGAUCAUAGUCCCCACACUUAAAACCUCAUCCCCCAUAACGCACAGCAUCACAGCAUCUCUGUCUUUUAAAAUGAAGCACUUUCUAGUUCCAGUGUUGUUCUCAUACUGAUAGUAAUGUAUCUGAAGGUAAUAUUUAUUUGACAUUGCAUCCUUGAUGAAUGUCUAGUGGAAAUGUCCCCUACAUAAAACACUGGUUACAAAUAUAUAUAUUUUAAAAUUAAUUUGAGGUGGGUAUUGUUUUUAUAUACCUGUAGUAGUGACAAAUCUCCUAUUCGGGUGUGGUUAACAAAAUGAUUUUUAGUGUGUUUUUUAGAAAUCUUAAAAUUGCCUUUGCACUGAACUAUUUUUCAAUACUGUAGCUAUUUAUAUAUCUGUUAUACACAUACAUUUGUUAACACAGCAUUUCUAUUUUUUUAAGUGUAUGUUUUAGAGGGUGUUUUUUAUAUCUGAGUUUUG